AGUCCAGUAGCUGAAACGAUCUUCUUUGCUGUAGGCGCUUUAACGUUAUCGGUGUUAUUUGCUGUGCAUUGCGGUCUGGUAACAUUUGGUGUGGUGGAAGAAGAACCGCAAUUCGAAAUGCUUUAG